AUGGUCAGACCCUCGCGCUCUAUGGUCAGACCCACGCGCUCAUUCAUUGUGUUGCGCACGGAGCGGCAGAGCGGCAGAGCGGAGCGGCAGCGGCGCGGUAGAGCGGCAGCUGUACUGGGUCAAUAUUUGGGCCCGGAGCCUCGGAGCUGCAGCCUGAGCAGGCCCACAGACCCUGGGCUCGGGUUGUGUCUUUACCGCACAGACCCUGGGCUCGGGUUGUGUCUUACCGUACAGACCCUGGGCUCGGGUUGUGUCUUUACCGCACAGACCCUGGGCUCGGGUUGUGUCUUUACCGCACAGACCCUGGGCUCGGGUUGUGUCUUUACCGCACAGACCCUGGGCUCGGGUUGUGUCUUUACCGUACAGACCCUGGGCUCGGGUUGUGUCUUUACCGCACAGACCCUGGCUCGGGUUGUGUCUUUACCGCACAGACCCUGGGCUCGGGUUGUGUCUUUACCGCACAGACCCUGGGCUCGGGUUGUGUCUUUACCGCACAGACCCUGGGCUCGGGUUGUGUCUUUACCGUACAGACCCUGGGCUCGGGUUGUGUCUUUACCGCACAGACCCUGGGCUCGGGUUGUGUCUUUACCGUACAGACCCUGGGCUCGGGUUGUGUCUUACCGUACAGACCCUGGGCUCGGGUUGUGUCUUACCGUACAGACCCUGGGCUCGCACAGGGCCACACAGGUUGCAGUCUACCAGGUGGGCCGGCGCUCGUGGAUGGGCCCUCCCUCCUCACCGCGUUCUAGGACCACUUCUGUCGCCCCCUCGUGGCCCGUCGCCACGAGUCUGGAAGGAGAGCCGAGCCCGCCGCGGGACUGCUACCCGUCCCUGCUGGACCCCAAAGCCCUGACCGAGGCCUGUGGCUCCGAUGGGUUGAUUCCUGAAGGUGGAUACUGGCAGCUCUGUGCCGCCCGGCCCCUGCAGGGGGGGUUGUUGAGCUCCAGCUUCCCCCCGGGGCCCCUCCCUCUCUCUGAUGAGGAGGCGCUGGCCCCACCACCUGCCCCUCCCCCCGGGCCGUUAGCCCCGCCCCCUCCGCCCCCCCCUAAGCGCCACUGCCGGUCUCUGUCUGUGCCGGAGGACUUGUCGCGCUGCAGAUACACGUGGCGCCCGAGUGCAUCGCGCGUCUGGACUCCGGUGGCGCGGCACUGUCCUGGCGCCGUGGGGGGAGUGGCGUCGGCGGUAAGCGGGGCCGUGGCGGGCGCGGUUGGCGGGUCUUCUCUGAACUCGUCGCUGCACUCAUCCUCCAGCCCGACUUUCUUCAGCCUGGCGCUGUCUCCUGAUUCGCCGUUGCCGUGGAGCUUCCCGUGGGAGGAGCCAGGGGGCGGGGCCUGCUGCUGCUUCUUCCCAUCGCCGUCGUCAUGCUCCUCCCCCUCACCGCUGCACCCGCCCCCCCCUCAAAGACGCUUUUCCUUGUCGCCAGUGUUAAUCCGAGACUCUGGGCUGUUUCACCCACCGCACGCCCCUCCCCCUGCUCCACAAGCUCCGCCCCCAAACUCCGCCUGCAGCACCCCGUCCUCCCUGCGCCGGCCCCUCCCCCCUGCCCCCCGCUGUCACUCACAGCCCUGCGACCUGCUGCUGCUGAAGCCCGGGCUGAAGAGGAGGAGAGAGGGAGACCGAGCCCCAGGGAGACCCGGCCUGGACUUCACCAAGAUGACCCAGACGCGCAGCAUGGACCCGGGCUUCUGCCUGGAGCGCGGCCGGCUGGGCUCCUUCUCCGGCGGCGACGUGUGCAUCUCCAUGGAGCCGUUCCUGGGAGACUUCCGCGGGUCGUGCUCGCCGGCCGACCUUCUGGGGCGCAGCAGCAUCGGGCCCCUGAGCGAGAGCGACGAGGAGUGCCCCGAGAACCCCGACGAAGAGGAGGAGGAGGGUGAGGAGGGCGAGGCGGGCGACCGGGACACUCAGCCCGUGUUCGAGCGCGACUGUACAGAACUGGACCUCAACCUGAUCGAGGAGAACUGA